CUCCAGCAGCACCAGAGAGCUUCAUUUUCUGAUCUGCUUUUGUGUUAAAAUGGAGGCUGGCUCAUUGCCUUAAGUGGAUUGCCUUCCUGGUUAAGUUUAGAUGUUGACAUGCACUAAAGCUGGAAUCAGGAUGGUUGUGGAUGCACCUACUUCCAAUGGGCCUUUCCAGCCAGUGGCUCUUAUGCACUUCAGAGACUGUGCUCCGGCGGAGCAGGAGAAGCUGUUUGUGCAGAAGCUGCGCCAGUGUUGCGUGCUCUUCGACUUCCUGUCGGACCCACUAAGUGACCUGAAAUGGAAGGAGGUGAAGCGGGCGGCGCUGAGCGAGAUGGUCGAGUACAUCACCCACAACAGGAACGUCAUCACAGAGCCCAUCUACCCUGAGGUGGUGCACAUGUUUGCGGUGAACAUGUUCCGAACGUUGCCUCCGUCGUCCAACCCCACAGGAGCAGAGUUUGACCCGGAGGAGGACGAGCCUACACUUGAGGCUGCAUGGCCACAUCUCCAGCUCGUCUAUGAAUUUUUCCUUCGGUUUUUAGAAUCUCCCGACUUUCAACCGAACAUAGCAAAGAAGUACAUCGACCAAAAAUUUGUGAUGCAGCUUUUAGACCUGUUUGACAGUGAGGACCCACGGGAGAGGGACUUCCUCAAAACCACUCUCCACAGGAUCUAUGGGAAAUUCCUGGGACUACGGGCCUACAUCAGAAAACACAUCAAUAAUAUAUUUUAUAGGUUUAUCUAUGAGACCGAGCACCAUAAUGGAAUUGCAGAAUUACUGGAGAUACUCGGAAGUAUAAUCAAUGGGUUUGCCUUACCACUAAAAGAGGAGCACAAGACUUUCCUGUUAAAGGUCCUGUUGCCUUUGCACAAAGUCAAAUCACUUAGUGUCUAUCAUCCACAGCUGGCAUACUGUGUUGUGCAAUUUCUAGAGAAGGAUAGCACUCUCACUGAACCAGUGGUAAUGGCACUUCUCAAAUACUGGCCAAAGACUCACAGCCCCAAAGAGGUGAUGUUCCUCAAUGAGCUGGAGGAGAUUCUGGACGUCAUUGAGCCGUCUGAGUUCGUCAAGGUCAUGGAGCCACUCUUCAGGCAGCUGGCAAAGUGUGUGUCCAGCCCGCACUUCCAGGUAGCAGAGAGAGCUCUUUACUACUGGAACAAUGAGUACAUCAUGAGUCUAAUCAGCGACAAUGCAGCCAAAAUCCUGCCCAUCAUGUUCCCGGCACUCUACCGUAACUCCAAGACCCACUGGAACAAGACCAUCCAUGGCCUCAUCUACAAUGCUCUCAAGCUCUUCAUGGAGAUGAACCAGAAGCUGUUUGAUGACUGCACACAGCAGUUCAGAGCAGAGAAAAAUAAAGAAAAGGCCAAGUCAAAAGAGAGGGAAGAGGCCUGGCUCAAGAUUGAGAACCUUGCCAAAUCCAAUCCACAUUGUCUUAUGUGUGUUGAUUCCACUGGCCUCAAUGGACCAGUAGCAAUGGAGUCUGAUGGUCCAUUAACCUCUGAAGAAGUUCACAGGUUAAAAAAGACAGUAACGGAAGAAGCCACUCAGUUACAACAGAGAGACCAGAGAAUAGACCGUCCUCUGGUGCGGCUCGAGUUGGAUCUCCCUCAGGACAUCUACACCGCAAAAGCCUUGGAGACCCAUCGCCGCGCCGAUGACAUGAUCACCACCCACAAUGGGCUCUAGGUCUGCCCCUCUCUCUUCUCUUCUGUCCAGUCCCCUAAAGGAGUACCCUCGCCCCUCCACACCCCACCUACCCACCCACACAGCACAUUCAGAAUACUGGCCCGGUUUCCCUAUCUUGCCAGUACACUGCCCCACCUCCCUCAGAUUUCUGCUUUCUCAGGUGUUUAUUUUGGGGGGAGGGGUGGGGCCGCAACUCUUUUAGCUGUCGGUCCUGCAGAGUCAUUGUUUUCCUUAUUGUUCCUGCUGAAUUGUGCAUAAAACAGUAUAUCGGCUCAUCCCUCCCUGCUCUUAUUGUACUAAUGAAAAUGGGGACGUUUCGUUCCACCUGCGACAUGACAAGCUCAUGUGAAAUGCACAACAAACGUAGAGAGCAGAAACUGAAUGAGGGAGACUUCUUUUCUUCUUCUGUUUUCUGUCAAGGGGAAACAACCAAAAACAGAUGGUUGGAUGGAGGGGUAGGACAGUUGGAUUGACUUUCCGGACUUUAUUUUUAUCCCAGGGACAUCUGCCAGUGCCAAGACCAUUUGUGUACUUUUUUUGUUUCUGCGUCUGCGUUUCUUGUUUUUAAUAAGCUGAAGAGCAACAAGGCUGUCUAAAGGGACGGAUCCAUCUGUUCUGAUGAAAUCACAUUGUGACAGGGAUUGAGAGAGGGAGGAAGGGAGGUUCUCUGUGGACACUGGACUCUUUACACUCUACAGUUUGUGUCAUAUAAAUGUUUUAUUUAGUCUUAUUUCCUUUCUCAUACCCAUCUGUUGAAUUCCAUCUGCAAUAUGUGAGCUGGAAAUUUCACAGUGAAAUAUUGACAGUUCAAACAAUGGUACUUCUUAUUUCAUAUAGAGAAACACAUUGGGUGGUUGUUAGUUUCCACCCUGUUUGUCAUACUCAAAAGCCCCUCUUAGACAUUUCAACAUCUGUAGCCAGUUUUUUACUGGAAUCACAUUAUGACACCUUACCUGGGGGUAUCACAUAAUGAGUAGUUAUUUGGGAUGCAAGAUUAUUUGUAGAUCAGUGAUUCUGCACAACCUGACUGCAAUGUAGUCUAUCUUAAAUGCACAACCCACUGGGCACACACUGGUUGAAUCAAUGUUUCCAUGUAAUUUCAAUGAAAUUAAGUUGAACCCAUGUGGAAUAGAUGUUGAGUUGAUGAUCCAGGCUUAAGCAGUCCCAGAGCCACUUGCUAGUCAAGCAUUGACCUCCAUUCGUUUCAGAGGUACCCAUGAUAUCACAUGUCGUGUACAUCUCGUACCCCCUCAGCGUGCUCACUAUUCCCCCUGUUGAUUUUCUUUUUUACCACCACCCUCUUAUCCAGAUUUGCUUCUCUGUGGAGCUGAAUGGACUGUUACUAAGCAAAGAACAAAACAAAUUAUUCACUUCCAUAAGACAUCCUUUUCGAAGACAUCGGAGUGCCUUUUAUCAUGAGGAGGAAUAUGAAAUUAUUUUUGGCCCCAAUGAGGAGAAUAGCAACACUGUUUGGAUGGGAAAACCAUUUAAUGUGACGGUUAAAUGAGCAUAUGUGUCCAUUGCCAAUAAUAUAUACUGAUUCACAGGCACAUUCACAGAGAAAGUAGAGACCGAGCGGUGAUUCCAAACCUGAAUACCUCUUGGAAGUAGAUGAAUCGUGUAAUUAAGAAAAAGUAUAUUGAACUACCUAAAAAGCACUUCCUGAAAACUUGAAAGAUGUGACAUGUUUGUGUAUCUUCAAUGAAGCUCUGUAUCCCAUUGAGUAUAUAUGUACAGUCUAUUCUGCUUUCUCAAGUCAGGAAGCUGUCAAAUCCAGGAUUGUUUUGGACACUAACAUUUACAAGUGGCUCUUGUACCAUUGUUUGAACUUCCAAAUCUAGCAUGGGUAUACAAUCUGUAAUGUGUUUUGUGUUGUCCCUGGUAACUUAUAGCCUGGAUGCUAGUUUUAGCAUUGUAGCUGCCAAUGGAAAUGGCCAAUGCUAAAACAGACAGAUCGAGGCUUGGCAACUGUAUUAUUCAUAUUUGCUUGAAUGGAAAAGGUGUACAUUUAUACAACCAAUGUUAAACAUGUAUUUUUUCCCCUGGAAGAAUGGCACUCACAUAUUUGCUUUUUAUUUAACGGUAUUGGUUUGUUAAGAUAUUUUAUCAGUUUGCAUUUUAUUUGUGUUCGAACUGUUUUCGUGUAGACCCAUAGAUAAAUGACUCGUAAAACAAGUUAGACGGGAGAAAAAAUGUUGGUGACUGCUUGUCUAAAUUCUUUGCUUGACCGCAGCAUCUUUGCAGGAUUUUAGUUGAACAUGUACUUUACAAAAUAUAAUAACUUGACAAGUGUCCUUCUAUGUGACCUGUACUAUAUGGCUUCAUUUAAUAUUGUGUACAUAUGAUUUACUUUGUUUUAUGUAAUAUUAUAGAUCUAGAUUUUGUACAAAAUGGUCCUCUGUACAGAAUAAAACAUCAAUAUCAAUGACAA